AUGGAGAAUCCAUUGAGCAUAAUUUUAGUAAAAUCAGACUCCAAAGGAGAUCGACUGUUAUUCAGGUAUCCGUACGUACAAAUUAAAGAAGAAAAUGAAACAAGCCAAAAUGAUAGAAAGAAGAAUCCAUACUCAAUUACAUUAUUGGAAGAGCAGCAAAAGGAAGGCAACACAAUGAGAUUAGCAGGAAUAGAUACAGCAUCAAUGAAUGUACAACUAGAAUCGGAUGAAGUCUUGUCGAGUCUUUUUGCUUGUAAAUUGGAACUGGCCAAUCAGAAGUUUGAGUUAAAAAUUAAUGACAUCCGAUUCGUCAGUCAUCCUGCAUUGAUGGAAACGAAGAACUCUUUCAUAUUGAUUAACAUUGUGUUUGCUCUACAGGCUCAGUGUAGCUACUCUAUUGUAAAAUGCUAUUAUGAACUUAGUAAGCGUCUCGGACUAGGUCUGCUUUAUGAAGAACGUCGCGUCAAUUACCUUACAAAGGAGAUGAAGACAAUGCUAAAGAUUCAUGACGACACAAUUUACGAUCACAAGAGUGAAAAGAUCUUUGACACCAUCCUACAAAAAUCAUCAUUGGCACAAUGUUUGAAGACACUGUAUUUUGACCUUUGUAGCACCGGCCUUAUCAAUGUUGUUUUAAAUGAGUCAGUAACUUUAUGCUUCUGUUUGCCACAAAAAGCCUGGAGAGCACGAUUUUCAGACAGAAAAACUAAAUCGCAACCUUUAAUUGAUCCAGAAGUUAUUGAUCGUGCGAUCGUGUCACUCAAGCCUUAUCAUGGAUUCUUAUUGCUUGUUGAUCCAUCAGAAUUGCUUGACUGUGUUCCUCCAUCAAGUGCAAAGAUCCUUCUACAGCUAAUUGAGUCUUAUAAUCCACUAAAGAGUCUACAAAGCAUGAGUAGUGAUGCAGACCUUCCAUUAGAUCAAGUUUAUCAGAUGGUUGGACAUCUAGUGUAUUGGGCGAAGGCAACGAUCAUUUAUCCAUUGUGUGAAACAAAUGUUUAUGUGAUCAGUUCGGACGCACCCAUUCAUGUUAAUUCACCCCUCGUCGAGAGAUUUGCCAACAAGUUCCCAGGAAUGCAACUAAUUGAAGUAAUAAGCGACUUUAGUCUGCCAACAUCGAUUGGACAUUUAACAACACCACUUCAGCAUCCAGCACGACAAGGUAGACUUGCACAAAUGGUCUUAUGGAUGCUACAGCAUCAUUUACUAAUGCAACUCCAUACAUAUGUCCAAUUCAUGCCAAGCUAUGAGAAACCUAAUGACACUUCAGGAUUAUCAUUGUCUGACUUUGGAUCGACACCAACAAAACAGUCGUCAGCAUUAUCACCUGAAAAAUCACCAACAAUGAGUGAUCCAUUAGAUGUGCCUGUUAGUUCUUCAUCUGUUCGUCAAAUUCCAAGUAGCCACAAAUCAUUUAAUAGCAACAUGAGUGUGGAUGAUAGAACCGGCAGUGGUAAAAGUGAGGAAGAGAAUGAAGACGAAAAGCUACAAGGAUUGCUAAACUCAUUUGAUGAAUGUGAUCGACUAGCGAUUCUAAAAGUCCCAGCAAGUGUCAACUUUGAAGAUCUAAAUUUGAUGGUCAGAUUGAAGCAAAGCGGAUACUUUCAAGGCGAGCAUCAUUUAGAAGAAAUUAUGUUUUAUGAAAACUUGCGACGAUCACAACUCCUUCAGCUGCUUGACAAAUUUCGUGAUGUUUUAAUUUUGUAUGAAACUGAAGAUCCAGCAAGUUGCUUUCUAGGCUUUAAGACGAAAUAA